AUCUGAUCCGGUCCAGUAUCUCCGCUCGGUCGACUCGGCCUUAAACGAGUGUUGGGCGUGGUGAGCAAAUAACAGCACUGGAAGGCAAUGGAGGCCAGCCGUGGUGAUCUGUGUUUUGAUUUAGUGUGCUGAUCUUAAAGUGUCCUUUUGUUGUCGACUGGGACUGGCAGAGCGAGUGGUGUUGGCUUGUGAAGGUCAGGAGGGAUGAGGGCAGCCCGGGGCCUCGUGCUUCUGUUGGCGCUACUCGCAGUCGUCUGCCUCGCAGGGGCCAGGAAGGGCAGCGGCGGUAGCCGCACCGGUGGCAGCCGGUCUCGUGGUGGCUCCAGCCACAGCGCAGGGAGCAACACCCAGAAGACCAAGCCUGGCUCCAGCUCUGGCUCCGGCUCCAGAACAGGCACGGGCGGCGGCGGCAGCAGCCAAACGGACUCGCACUACAAGCCGAAACCCGACACGUCCCGCACAUCUGGAUCCUCCAACCCAGGGGCGGCCAACCCACCUUCAAACCCGGCGUGGGCCCCCCCUGUGUUCCGUCCUAUCCCUAAAAACCCCGGGGCAGCUUCCAAACCUCUCGACAACAAGCCCGGCGGGUUCCCCUACCCGGCAGCCGGCGGCGCUGCGGCCGGCGGUGCCGUGGCGGGCGGUGCCGUGGCGGGCGGAGCUGUGAUGGGAGGUUCCAGUGCGGUUCACCCAGGCUCUGUGCCCAGGGUCGCGAGUCCCAAUGUCAAAGCGGAGCAGCCGGCCCCUGGAGUGGGCCAGGCUGCGCCAGGGUAUGGCCAGCCUGCUCAAGGUCAACCGGGUCAAGGGUUUGGCCAGCCAGGUCAUGGUCAGCCAGGCUAUGGCCAGCCUGCUCAAGGUCAACCAGGUCAAGGGUUUGGCCAGCCAGGUCAUGGUCAGCCAGGAUAUGGUCAGCCAGGCUAUGGCCAGCCUGCUCAAGGUCAACCGGGUCAAGGGUUUGGCCAGCCAGGUCAUGGCCAGCCUGCUCAAGGUCAACCAGGUCAAGGGUUUGGCCAGCCAGGUCAUGGUCAGCCAGGAUAUGGUCAGCCAGGCUAUGGCCAGCCUGCUCAAGGUCAACCAGGUCAAGGGUUUGGCCAGCCAGGUCAUGGCCAGCCUGCUCAAGGUCAACCAGGUCAAGGGUUUGGCCAACCAGGUCAUGGGCAGCCAGGAUAUGGUCAGCCUGCUCAAGGUCAACCGGGUCAAGGGUUUGGCCAACCAGGUCAUGGGCAGCCAGGAUAUGGUCAGCCUGCUCAAGGUCAACCAGGUCAAGGGUUUGGCCAGCCAGGUCAUGGGCAGCCAGGAUAUGGUCAGCCUGCUCAAGGUCAACCGGGUCAAGGGUUUGGCCAGCCAGGUCAUGGGCAGCCAGGAUAUGGUCAGCCUGCUCAAGGUCAACCAGGUCAAGGGUUUGGCCAACCAGGUCAUGGGCAGCCAGGCUAUGGCCAGCCUGCUCAAGGUCAACCAGGUCAAGGGUUUGGCCAACCAGGUCAUGGGCAGCCAGGAUAUGGUCAGCCUGCUCAAGGUCAACCAGGUCAAGGGUUUGGCCAGCCAGGUCAUGGGCAGCCAGGAUAUGGUCAGCCUGCUCAAGGUCAACCGGGUCAAGGGUUUGGCCAGCCAGGACAUGGUCAGCCAGGUCAAAUUCAACCUGGACAGCCAGGAUAUGGCCAAGGUGGUGUUCCUGGAUAUGGGCAAUCUGGUCCAGGUUAUGCUCAUCCAGGUCUGAGGCCCGGCCAAUCAGGCCCGGGGUACGUCCCAGGCCAGGGUCAACCUGGACCCGGAUUUGGACAACCCAAUCCGGGCUAUGGUCAGCCUGGCUAUGGACAAUCUGGUCCAGGUUUUGCCCAGCCUGGCCUAAGGCAUGGACAGUCAGGUCCCGGCUAUGUCCCAGGCCAGGCACAACCAGGACAGGGGUAUGGACAGCCUGGAGGUGGGUAUGGACAGCCUGGAGGUGGGUAUGGGCAGCCUAGGCCAGGCUAUGCCCAACCGGGUCAACCGGGCUAUGGUCAGCCUGGCUAUGGUCAGCCGGGCUAUGGUCAGCCGGGCUAUGCUCAGCCAGGCUAUGGUCAGCCGGGCUAUGGUCAGUCGGGUUAUGGUCAGCCGGGCUAUGCUCAGCCAGGCUAUGGUCAGACUGGCUAUAACCGACCAGGUUAUGGUUGGAAUGCCCCAGUACAGCCUGCAGGUCAACCAGGCUACCAUUAUGGCCAGAACAAUCCAGGAUACGGUGGCUAUGGUGGCGGCUAUGGUGGCGGUUAUGGUGGAGGCUAUGGUGGCUCUGGGGGAUUUGGAGGCUUUGGUCAGUCUCCGGGAUUUGGUAGGGGUGGCUCUGGAUUUGGGGGUUUCGGCGGCCAGGGUUUCGGCGGCCAGGGUUUCGGCGGCCAGGGCUACGGCGGCUACAAGCCGCGCAGCAACCUACCCUACUGGGCGAUGGGCGCCGUGGCCGGCUACGGCCUCUACCGCUUCGGGAGGUUCACCGGCUCAAUGGACCAGCACCACCACCACUAUCACUACGACAACACCGGCAGGAGGAUCGGCUCCUCCGCCGACAGAGGGGGCACGCCAGGGGCUGGUGCCGGUGAGGGGCCUCGGGACAGUGGGAAGCCGUGGAUUCCCACCUACCCCAAUGGCACCGAUCUUCCUCUCGCAGAAAUCGGUCCGUUUGGCCCCAUAUUAUUUGAGGAGCCGACCGACACUUUGUAUCCAGAGGAUUCGCCGGAAAAAAACCGUGACCCUACGCUGCCUUGCCAAGUCAAACCCACCCGCUACGUACAGAUGGCGUCACAAUGGCAUGGAGGUCAAGUGGAAUAAGAGAUACAGCCUGGAGGGCGGAAACCUGGUGAUCUCGGACCUCGACAGGGACCAGGACGCGGGCACCUUUCCAGUGCCUGGCCACCAACAGAUUUGGCACCCUUGCCAGUCAACAAGCC